AUGGCAGAUGAAACCGUUGCCGGUGUGCCGCAACAGAGUCCAGCGCCUCACAAAGGCGUUUGGCACCUCCUCGUCGAAAACCCAUAUAUCUUCGGUCUGUCUCUGUUUGCCAGUUUGGGUGGCUUUUUGUUUGGUUAUGACCAAGGCGUCGUAUCAGGCGUUUUGACCAUGGAGUCAUUCGCUACUCAAUUCCCGAGAAUCUAUCUUGACAGUAGUUUCAAGGGUUGGUUCGUGCCAACACUCCUGCUCUGUGCGUGGUUUGGCUCUCUGGUCAACGGACCUAUCGCCGACUUCCUGGGCCGCAAGGGCUCUAUGCUGGUGGCUGUUGUGAUUUUUACAAUUGGUUCUGCGUUCCAGGCAGGCGCUCACGAUAUUCCAACGCUCUUUGCUGGUCGUGCUGUGGCUGGUUUUGCUGUAGGAAUGUUGACAAUGAUUGUCCCUAUGUAUGUGUCUGAGGUGUCUACGGCUGGCAUUCGCGGUACCUUGGUUGUUUUACAGCAACUGAGCAUCACUUUGGGAAUUUUGGUGAGCUACUGGCUUGAAUAUGGGACCCAGUAUAUCGGCGGCCAUCGAUGUGCGCCUGACAUUCCCUAUUCUGGUGGCACCGUGGAUAAACCUACCUUUGAUCCUAGGUAUGAUGUUGGCCCGAGUGGAUGCACUGGCCAGUCUGAAGCUGCGUGGAGAGUCCCGUUUGCUAUUCAGAUCUUUCCUGCGAUCGUGCUUGGGUUCGGUAUGUUAUUGUUUCCCGAGUCACCUCGCUUCUACCUGAUGCGACGCAAAGAGGACAAGGCUUUGAAGGCCCUUGCUCAACUUCGUCGUGUCCAUCCUGACACACAUUCACUUCGAGAAGAGUAUCUGGCUAUCAAGGCUGAGGUCCUCUUCGACGAGGCUGUAAACAGAGACAAGUUCCCUGGCAAGAAGGGCGUCUCUCUGUUUAUCGCCCAGCAUGGUGCCCUUGUAUCCAAUUGGGCCUCCUUUAGACGACUAGCUAUCGGCUGCUGUAUCAUGUUCUUCCAACAAUUCAUGGGCUGCAACACCAUCAUCUACUAUGCGCCUACCAUGUUUGCCCAACUAGGUCUAUCGGGGGGCACUUCAGGUCUUCUGGCAACUGGUGUGUAUGGAAUCGUCAACACGCUUUCCACGCUUCCUGCUCUCUUCCUAAUUGACAAAAUUGGUCGCCGACCUCUACUCAUGUGUGGUGCCGCUGGUACCUUUAUCUCACUUGUUAUCGUUGGUGGUAUCAUUGGAGGAUAUGGCACAUCGCCACCCUCACACAAAUCGGCUGGCUGGGCAGGUAUCGCCUUCAUCUAUAUCUACGACAUCAACUUCUCUUUCUCCUUCGCGCCCAUUGGCUGGGUAUUGCCGGCUGAGAUAUUUAAUCUGGGUAUUCGUUCCAAGGCUAUGGCUAUCACCACUAGCACAACGUGGAUGUGCAACUUCAUCAUCGGCCUGGUGACGCCAGACAUGCUGAGUACCAUCGGUUGGGGGACGUAUAUCUUCUUUGCGGCUUUCUGCCUCCUCGCCUUUUUCUUUACAUAUUUCUUUGUCCCAGAAACUCGUGGCAAGAGUCUCGAAGAGAUGGAUGCUUUAUUUGGUGAUACGGCCGCUUACGAAGAGAAGGCGAGGCUGAUGGAGAUUGCAUCUGAGAUUGGUCUUACCGAGGCACCUCCUGAUGGUAAGAUUGAUCUUACCAGAGAGAAGUCGGCCGCAUAA